UGUUUUAGUUUAUUUGGAGCUCAAUGCCGAUGAUUACUCCAAUUCUCUCUCUGUUUUUUCAUCAUCGUCUUUGAGGAUUGCUCUGCAACAGUUUAUGGAAUGUUUUCUGAGCUUUUCUCAUGCCCCUCCCACUACUUCUAUCUUGCAUCGAUCGGUGACCCACGCUUCAAAGACAAACAGAAAUGGUUGGCUGAGAGCUAAACUUCACGAGGAUGAUGACCCAUUACACCGAGCUGCCACUAAUGUCGUUUCUCUUCGCUUUCAGGAGACCCAUCGACCAGCCUUUUUUGUUGAUCCGUACGUUAGUUGCUUUGUUAGUUCUCAUAUUCAGAUGGGUAUGAGGAAAUCUCUGCACCCCUAUUGCAUAGCAACUAAGUUCAUUGAUGAUAAGUUGCUCCGUACAGUAAACCAUAUUGAUGGACUUAAGCAGGUUGUUUUGCUAUUAGAUGGCAUGGAUACUCGGCCAUAUAGGCUUAGUUGGCCAACUUCAACCAUCAUAUUUGAUGUUUCUCAGAAAGGGUAUUUAAAAGAGCAGCUGAAAAGCUUGAAAGGUGUUGGCGCUAAGCUUCCAAGAAGUUGCUUGUUCCUCCAUGUUCCAUUAAAGUCUUCCAAUUUGCAGCAAAGUCUACGUGCUAAAGGCUUUAAUGGUAAUCAGCCUAGUAUAUGGGCCAUCCAGGGUCUACCUCUGAUGACUUUGAGAAGUUUUGAAGAGAUAUUGCUCGUUGUAAGUUGUUUGGCUAUGAAUGGAAGUUUUUUCGUGGGAGAACUGCCUUCUUGGUUGCAGAAUACUGACAUAGGGAUCAAGGUAAGGGAAUGGAUGGAAAAGCUAUUCAAGAGCAAUGGGUUCUGGGUGGACAUGGUUAUCCAUAAGGGUGUUGCAAAGAGUUUAGGGAAGGAUCUAGCAUCCAUUAAAUUUAAAAUUUCCUAGUAGCAACAAUUCAUUAUAUUAUGUAUAUGUAUAUAUUAUAUUUCAA